AUGAAAGACACACAAUUGGGCAGUUACUUUGAAAACUCUAAUUAUUAUUCACUGAGCCUUAAAAGAGGUGGACCCCACAUUUCAAGAAGAGCUCCACAUUAUAAAAAGGAUGGAUACAACGAUUUCAAUACUUUCUGCAUGCAGAUGAGUGACCUGAAUCCGAAGGUGAAGACGGUUGGUUUUUUUUUAUGUCAUGGGUUUGAUCAACUGAUAUUCAAUUUUAGCAGGGGAAGAUUAAUAAGUAAAACAGUCGUGGAAAGUGAGGCUGGUCCAGCCACAAUUGCAGACGCCAUGAUACGAGGUCUCCCCAUCAUUCUAAACGAUUACAUUGCUGACCAGGAAGUUGGAAAUGUACCCUAUGUAGUGAAAAAUGGAUAUGGGAAAUUUUGAAAGUCACCAAAAGAGAUUGCAGAAAUUGUUGUUGAAUGGUUUGGUCCUAAAGCACAUGAAGUCAAGACUAUGAUAGGGCUUGAUCUGAAUUUAAACUAUCACAGAUCAGUCACAAACAUUAAAUAUUAAAACACAACAUAAAUUCAAUCUGGGCACAUAUCUGUUUCUUUCUGAGAUUUUUUUUAAGAAGACUCAAAAAGGAUAGAAGAACAAGAGGAUAACAUGAGCAAUGGUACACAAAAAUUAGCCGGAAAAAGAAAUUUAUAGAUAAAAGCAGAUGAAAAGUCAACAUACCCAGUGUGUAAAUGAGGCUAAUUUUCGGUGUCGUUUUCGUGUUAUGCUCUGAUUUUUUCUAUGUUUUCAAAUGAUUCCUUAUUAAAUCAUUAUACUUAAAUUCUGAAUAUAUGUUUUUGUUUGUCUGUGU